UCCACCUCCGUACUUCCGUAGCUCUUCCUUCUUUAUCAAUUCGCCCCCCUCGCGUUGCUUCUUCCCCUCGAACGAACCCCGCGGAGACAAGACAACCACCACCAAGCCUACUCCCCGUCCACGCCAAUCUUCUUCCUCCUCCUCCUCCGCCGCCUACACCUCGUCGCCGCCGGCCUCCAUGAUGAAGGACAAGAUGAAGGAUCUCAUGAAGAAGGUCACCUCCUCCUCCGCCCCGUCCUUCAAGGGCCCCUCCCACGUCCUCGGCUCCGGCCCUCCCCCCUCCGCCUCCACCUCCUCCUCCCGCCCCUCAAACCCUAACCCUAACCCCAUGCCGUGAUGGACGAGACUCCUGCCGAAGCAAGGCUUAGCGGGAUCAGGCAGGCUGUGCUCCUGCUUGAGAGGUCCCAUCCUUCGGCACCGCUACCGACGCUGGCCGGGUCUGAGUCCAAAGAGAGCUGCCGCAGCGGAGUCGAUGAGCAAAAGGAGGUUAACAAGAUUGUUGAUCGUCAGAUUCGGGUAUUCUUCAAUGUCCCUGGAAGUUCUGUUGCAGAAAUUGAUACACCGGAUUCUUUCUACAAACUUAGUGGUGAGGAGGUAAGGAAUGAGGCAAAGAUGAGGAGGGAAAGGCUGGAACAAUCUCGGUUGCUAAUUCCAAAGUCAUAUAAGGAGAAGCAGGCACUGGCUGCUCGACAGAAGUACAAACAAGCUGUCAUCCGAGUUCAGUUUCCUGAUGGAGUAAUUCUCCAGGGUGUAUUCCUUCCAGCGGAGGCUACUGGUUCACUAUAUGAGUUUGUCGCGGAUGCUUUGAAGCAGCCAGGUUUGGAAUUUGAUCUUAUCUGUCCAGCUGUUCCUAGGUCACGUGUGCUACCGCAUUCCCCAAAUACAGGAGAGCGGGUACGCACGUUGCAAGAUGAAGGCCUAGUACCUUCUGCUCUCCUCAAAUUCAAGCCCAAUGAGACUGAUUCUGUUGUGUUCACCGGCUUGCUUGACAAGCUUCUGGAGGCUAGUGAACCAUUUACAGCUGCAUCCUCUUGAUUGUUGGAGUUCAGGCCCACAUUCUCCCCUCAAAUCUUCUGUUACAUUGGACUUCAUACUGUUGUAACUCAGUCACAGGGAUAUGUCAUCUGCAUACUCGUUAGGUUGAUUGAUAGUCUGGUACAUAGAUUGCUUGGCGAUUGCCAUACUUUACAUGGUAAAACCCAAUAAUUCAUCAGUCGCACCGUCAACUGUACCUGAGCGAUGAGUGAGCUAUACAAUGUGUACAACACAUUAACUUCCCUUGAUGUUGCAUUUGAUACUAGAACUAUCGUUAAUUCAGUAUCCCCUCUAUUGUUAGGUUUA